AUGGUUGAACGGAUAACGGCUUGUUGCACAAGUGUGAAGGCCUCAGUUCAAACCCCUAGAGCUCACAUGAAAAGCUGGGUAUGGUAUUGGGGAAGCAGAGAAAGGAUCCCCAGAGCUGCCAGGACAGCCAAACCUGAGUCCCUAAGGUCACACUGUUUUUCUCUUGCCCCAGUGUGUGGACACCACCACACGCCCUCCAGACCAGCAACGGCUCUUGCGUGUAUGUUCCAGUGUUUCUUCUGUCAGAGAGUCAGACAGAGCCAUAGUUUCUCCAGUGCUGGCCCAGAGCUGAGGGACGAGCGCCCAGCAGACAUGGUGAAAAUGACCAAGUCCAAAACUUUCCAAGCUUAUCUGCCGCACUGUCACAGAACCUACAGCUGUAUCCACUGCAGAGCCCAUCUGGCCAAUCACGAUGAGCUCAUCUCCAAGUCCUUCCAGGGCAGUCAGGGACGAGCCUACCUCUUCAACUCCGUGGUGAAUGUGGGCUGCGGCCCCGCUGAGGAGAGAGUCCUUCUGACCGGGCUGCAUGCAGUGGCUGACAUCUACUGUGAGAACUGCAAGACGACGCUCGGGUGGAAAUACGAACAUGCCUUUGAGAGCAGUCAGAAAUACAAAGAAGGAAAAUUUAUUAUUGAACUUGCGCACAUGAUCAAAGACAAUGGCUGGGAGUAG